GUCCUCUGGGAAAGCGCACAUUCCUAUUGUCCAAGAUGGCGGCGCUGCGGCAGCUCCUCUGAUGCUGUGUUUGUUUUUAAAUUAUUUUAACCUUUAUUCACCGUAAAUGUGCCAAAAAUCCCCGGCCGCCGUGGAACCGUGUCUCUACCGAAGCCGUCCAGAUCCCCGCUGCUGGCACCGACAAGUUUCAGCUCCAUCCUCCGGUGAAAGAUGAAGCGGCAGGCCGGGAGGGAGAGCAGCCCGUCCAGGGCCAUCGCUAAGCGGAUACGGGAGCGGGAGCGGGAGAGCGCCCGCAGAGAGGAGCUGCCUCCCCCGCCGCUGGCGCUGCUGCUGGCCGAGAGCCGGAGCUACCACCGCCGGAGCCGCAGCAGGGAACGGGAGAAGCCCCGGCUCCGGGAGGAGCGCGCGGCCGCCCUGGAGCUCCACCACCGACACGAGCUGAGCCUCCUCGGCCGCCCGCCGCUCCGGACCACCGCGGCGGAGCUGCCCGCCGCCAGACCGGGCACGGUGGAGUACAAGACGCUGCUCAUCAGCAACCUGGGCUCGCAGGUGUCGGACGAGGACGUGGAGGACGCCCUGUUCCACGAGUUUAAAAAGUUCGGGGACGUCAGCGUGAAGCUGUCCCACACCCCGGAGCUCGGACGGAUCGCCUACGUCAACUUCCGCCACCCGGAGGACGCCAAGGAGGCCCGGCACGCCAAGUCCUCCAGGCUGGUCCUGGGGGACCGCCAGCUGAAGGUAGAGCCCAUGUACGUGAGGAGGCGGAGCGUCACCCCGCCUGACGUGGGUUUCCUGCCCCUGCACGCCCCCUACCCGUACCGGCAGCGCUCCCUGUCCCCGCCCGUCCCGGGGGUCAGCAACCUCCGGGAGCUGCGAGCCAGACACUUCGCCCUGGAGAGCCUGGCCCUGAGCCGGGACCGGGAGAGGCUGCUGGACUACUACGGCAUGCUGGACGAGCGGGGCCGGCCCUACGGCCUCCCCGUCAUGCCGGUGGUGGAGGACCUGAAGCCCGAGGACGACCAGCGGGCCACCAGCAACCUGUUCAUCGGGAACCUGGACGGGAACGUGACGGAGGCGGCCCUUCGGAGGGGCUUCGACAAGUAUGGCGUCAUCGAGGACGUGGUGAUCAAACGUCCUGCGCGUGGACAGGGCGGGGCUUACGCCUUCGUCAAGUUCCAGAACCUGGACAUGGCCCACCGAGCCAAGGUGGCCAUGCAGGGCCGGCCCAUCGGAGGGAACCCCAUAAAGAUCGGCUACGGCAAGGCCAACCCCACCACCCGGCUCUGGGUGGGGGGUCUGGGACCCGGGAACUCCCUGGCCGCCCUGGCCCGGGAGUUCGAUCGCUUCGGGAGCAUCAGGAACAUAGACUACGUGAAGGGGGACAACUUCGCCUACAUCCAGUACGAGAGUCUGGACGCCGCUCAGGCCGCCUGCACCCAGAUGAGGGGCUUUCCUCUGGGGGGUCCGGAGCACCGGCUCAGGGUGGACUUUGCUAAAGUGGAGGAGAGCCCCUCCCGGCCCUUCCCUCCAGGCUACCAGCCCCCCGUGGUGCUCCCCUCUCAUUACGAGCUCCUGGGGGAGGCGUACAGCCGCCAUCGCAGCCUGGAGCGGGAGCUGAGGGGGGCCAGGGACCGCAGCCCGCCCCCUCACAGCCUCCUGUCCCUCAGAGACCGGGACCGGGCCCUGUUGGAGGCAGAUUUCCCCAGCAGCCCCACCCGGACCCUGGAGCGCCGGCCCGCAGGGGUGGAGGCGUUCGGGAGGAGGGGGGUCCGGAGCCGCAGCAGGAGCAGGGAGCGCUGGCUGAAGGAGCGGGAGGAGAGGAGGAGGAGGAGGAGCCGGAGCGCGUCCCCCGACAGGCAGUCCGAGGACAAGGACAGAGGCAGGUCCAAGGUCCGAGGUCCAGGAGGAGCCGUCUCCCCCGAGGCCAGUCCGGACCGAGCUCGGGUCCGAGCCCCCGACUCCACCACAGAACCGCGAGACCACUCCCCCGACGGCGGGGGCACGGCGCGCCACUCCGGCACCACCGAAGAAGAGCUGCCGUCGGGCCACCACCACAAGCGGUCCUCCAGCGCCCACCUGAACAACCACCACCACCACCGGAGCGGCGAGGGGGCGGUCCCUGGCUCCCCCGCCGGCGCCGCCCCGCCCACAGACACCUCCUUGUGUCCGAGCACGCUGUCGGAGUUCGCCCAGAGCGCGCUGUCCAAGCUGUGGCGCGGCUUCUUCGCCCUGAAGAACAGCAGCUUCCCCACGGACCUGUACCUGCUGGAGGGCGGGGCCUCCUUCUUCAGCGCCGUCAUGAAGCUGCACAACCAGAACCAGAACCAGAACCAGCCCAGCCAGCUGAAGAUUGCCCAGCGCCUGCGCAUGGACCAGGCCCGGCUGGAGGAGGUGCUGCGCCGCGUCAAGCUGGGCCGGCCCGACGGCUUCGCCAUCCUGCUGGCCCUGCAGGGCCCCGUGGACCGGCAGGCCCCGGGCCCCGAGCCGGGCCUGCAGGUGCGCCUGCUGCGUCACCUGGUCACGUACCUGCGCAACAAGGAGGCGGCCGGCGUGGUCAGCCUGCCCGCCGCCAAGGAGGGCGGGCCGGGGGCCAUGCUGUACGCCUUCCCCCCCGGGGAGUUCUCUCAGCAGUUCCUGCAGGAGGCCCGGAGGACUGUGGGGGGGCUGGAGGAGGAGCACAUGGUGGUGGUGAUCGUUAACGACACUAACUGAAGCACUCGUUGGUUUUAGUCCCGGUCUGGGUCCGGUCAGUCACACUACACGCUUCGCUCCAGGUCAGAACCCCCCUGUGGGUCGGGUCUGGAGGGUUCCAGGGGUCCCACAGCUCCUGGAGGGUCACACUACAGCCAGCAGGACUCUUUACUGAGGCCGUGCUGUCAUCAGCACCGCUUCACUGUCAACAAGCUGACCCCCCACUGCAGGGUCUGGGACGGUUCCACCAGUGCUCACUGUUUGGACCAGUUUGGACCAGUUUGGACCAGUUUGGACCAGUUUGGAUCCGCUGCACUUCAGAAACCAGACUCAGCUGUUCUACACUAAAAACUCUUUCUUCCAGUUUCACCUGUUUUUGAGUCUGAGUGGAUCAGAGCUCAGUGCUGGGGGGUCAGGAGGAGACGGACUGUGGGAGAAAUGUUGUUCCAGCAGGAACUGGAUCAGAACUGUUCCGAUUGGAUCUGAAUGUUCAUAAUUUGAAUUUAAUUCAUUGGUUUGAAAAUGAAUUUUACUAAA